AGGGGUAGAUCCAACCUGGCACACCAUUUUCUUUAUCCGACGCCUCCUAUUACCAUUCUCCGUCCUUUCCGCCAAUCUUCUCCGCCUGUGCACACACAUAAUUUCCUCUCUCUCCCUCUCUCUCUCACUCACACACACAUACACACACACACAUACACGCACACUUUUUCUAAAUAUCUUCUUCUUACGGAGUCGCAAGGAAAGAAAUUUCAAAACUUUUCUUUCAAUUCACGGUAUUGAUGGAUUUGGAUUCCUAUCAUUAUGCAUCGAAUACCGAAAUUCUUAAUUCAUAGGUCAGAACAAAGAAAAACCCGAAUGAAAUCCAGCUCCAAUUCCGGCGGAAGUCGCCGCCAAGCCGCCUCCAAGCAGAAGCUGCCGAGACUCGAGCGUCGGAACGCCAAUAAUAACAUCAAUUACGAGUUAUAUCCCUCUACGCCCUCAACAUCGUCUUCAUCAUACUACUCAUCGGAGGACUCUUCACUUCGCACUCGGUCGCUCGAAUUGUACAGUGACAAGAAGAGCUUUCGCAUCGAGGGGAUUGAGGGUGAAAUUGAUAUUAUCUGCAAUGCGUUGGGGUUUUCUGGGGUAGAUGAUUUUGGGAUAUCUCCAGCGGAAUAUGAGAGUAUGAAGUUCAGAUCCUCUUCUGCUCCUCUUAUAGUUAAUCGGAAAAUUGAAGCUGAUACUCGUGAUAUUGAUGCUGGAAUUAAUGAUGAUGUUGGUAGUAGCAUACGUAAUGUAAUUAUUAGAGAGAAAAAUGAGGGUUUUAGUGAGAACCCUAGUGUUAGUGGUCGUGUUGAUGAAUUAACGGUCAGGUUUGGAGAUAGUGCAAGGGUAGGUGAUGAAAUUUCGAGUGAAAUUGUCAGUAGCGUAUUGAAUGAAUUUCGUGGAAAUGGUAGUAAGGGUGUCCGGCUACCCGUUCUGGCGCCAGUGCCUGCACUAACAUUGCCGGUGAUAGAAAACCCGUGCUCACCUUGGGACUUGCUAUUGAAAGGUGAAAGAGUUCCUGAUUUUGUGGUUAGUUUGGAGGGAGGUCAAGAAGAGGGGAGGCGUAUGAGGAGUGACGAGCAAGAGGAAGACAGAGAGGAGGAUAAUAUGAGAAUGGUAGUUAUGAGAAGCGAGAAUGUUAUGAUAUCAGAGUCACCUUCAUUUACAACUUCAAAUGAUGAUGAUUCUUCAAGUACUACGACAGAGCCCACGUCUAAUAUUUCUCCCAACGGGAGAUUUAGAUGCAUUAUUAUGGGUUGGCAGAAGGGUGGGCUCUUAGGUCGUGGAUCAUUCGGAACUGUGUAUGAAGGAAUUGAUGACGAUGGAUACUUUUUUGUUGUCAAGGAAGUAUCUUUGCUUGAUCAAGGGGACGAGGGUAGACAAAGGAUUAUCCAACUCGAGCAGGAAAUUUCUCUCCUCAGUCGAUUUGAACAUGAGAACUUAGUCCAGUAUUUUGGCACAUCAACGGUACUUUAUACCAGAAACAUUUUACGUGGAUUGAAAUAUCUACAUGACAGAGAUGUGGCCCACAGAGACAUCAGGUGUGCAAAUAUAUUGCUGGAUGUAACUGGAUCAGUCAAACCUUCAGAUUUUGGCCUUCCAGAGGGAUCCCCAUUAAGCAAUGUGGAAUCUUGCAAGAGAACUGCACUCCUGAGGUUGUUAGGAACAAGAAAUACGGGCUUGCAGCUGAUAGAUGGAGCCUUGGAUGCACUGUCCUAGAGAUGCUAAUUCAAA